AUGAGACAAGACUGCGGUAGCAGGAACAGACCACCGUUGAACUCAAAGAAGAGAUCAGGGACUUUAGAGACACGCAGGACAGAAUUCUACGGACCGUUGAUGACCAGGAGCAGGCAUCUCGAAACCUUAAUAAUGCCUCGCAAGAAACGGGCAAUGAGAAAAAUUGGCAACAGCUCCGCUGCAGACGUUAAAGCUGGGAAAGCAGCUACGAGUUGUGGUGUGCCAUUUACUACCCUGAAGAGGUAUUAUUGGAAAACUGCUGGUUCCGAAAAUCUCGAUGAGGAGCGAUUCGAGCCGAAUUAUUCUGUGAACCAGAUCUUUACCGCAUCCCAAGAAGAGAAGUUGAAGGAAUAUUUUUCGCAUUGCGCUCUUCUGUUUUACGGAUUAACUGCAAGAGAAUGUCGUCAAGUGGCGUAUCAAUGUGCUAAGCUAAAUAAUAUAAAGAUGCCUAAAUCUUGGACAGACAAUGAAAUGGCGGGUAAGGACUGGUUAACUUUGUUCAAACGUAGGAACAGGUUUUCUUCCAGGAGACCAGAACCUUGUAGCCUAGCAAGAGCUACAGCCUUCAACCGAAACAACGUCAAUAAUUUUUACAAUAAUUUAGAAGAUCUGAUCAAGAGAAACUCGGCUUUUGCAAAUGGUACCCGUAUAUUUAAUCUGGAUGAAACAUCAACGACAACAGUGCAAAAGCCUCAAAAAGUAAUAGCACCAUUAGGCAGAAAAUGCAUUGGAAAAGUCACAAGUGGUGAGAGAGGAACUUUGGUAACCACAUGCUGCAUUGUAAGUGCCAGCGGCAACGCUUUGCCACCAGUUAUGAUAUUUCCUAGGAAAAAAUUCAAAGAUCAUAUGAUCAAAAACACACCUGCAGGAACACUCGGCUUAGCAACGCCUAGUGGAUGGAUGAACGCGGAUAGUUUCACAGAAGUAAUGAAACAUUUUAUCAAGCAUACGAACUCUUGCAAAGAAAAUCCUAGUAUGUUGGUAAUGGAUAACCACGAGUCACAUUUGAGCAUUGAAGCCAUACAGUUGGCAAAAGAUUGUGGAGUCAAUCUCCUCACUAUUCAUCCCCACACUUCGGGGAAAUUACAACCACUUGACGUGGGAGUAUUUAGCGCGUUCAAAGUAUAUUAUAAUGCUGGCAUCGAUUCCUGGCUUAUGACACAUCCUGGAAAGCCUGUUACCAUAUAUGACUUAGGUGAAAUCAUUGGGGCAGCCUUUCUUAAAGCAAUGACCCCAACAAACAUUACCAGGGCUUUUGCAAAAUGUGGUAUUUACCCAUUCGACAGAAACCUUUUUACAGACGAGGACUUUCUGCCAAGUACAGUAACAGAUCGUCCAGGUCCCUGUUCAGACUGUUUGCCACGUGAAGAAGGGCUCAUAAACACUUGUGCAACAUCAGAAAAACCAUGCUCACCAACGUUGGGUACUUCGACGACACAACCAAGUCAAAUUGAAACCACUGUUGUGUCUAUCAACCAUCAAUCCAUUUCUAAAGAAGUGGAAACGAAGAACCUGUCCGAUGAAGAUUCAAUUUUGACAAAAACAAAAGUAUCCAAUACCGUUUCAGUUCCAUCAGGACUCCAGUCAUUAAAAAUAUUAGCUCCUGAAGUGCUCAUAUCAGCAAUUUCUUCGAACAAACUUCCACCCAAGCCAUAUAUAAUUACCCCGACACAAGACGUUGCUUUGACACCAUCCAUUUCUCAAUCAGCUGAGAAUACUUUUACAUCUCCGUUUGAGUUUAGAGACCCAAUAAAGGCUGGACCUAGAACAACUACCCGCAAGCGAAGGAAACCAGGCCGUAGCAUGAUUCUUACUGACACACCGGAAAAAGUUCGUCUAGAACAAGAAAAAAUAGCUGCUAAAAGUAAAAACACUAAUAAGAAGGGAAAAGUCACUCGAAAAUUAUUACAAAGUGAUGAAGAAGAUAAUGAUCAAGAGAAGGAAACAGUGGAAUAUGCUGAAUCUGAUGAUGAUACAGACUGGGCAGCAGAAGAUGAAGACGAAAACUCUGACGAAGAAUUAGUGAUUAUAACUGAAAGGCACCUAACCAAAUCUCUAACUCGUGCGCCACUAGAGGGCGAAUAUGUGAUUGUACAAUUUACAACAAAAAAACUUACAUCGCUUUACGUUGGAAAGGUGAUAGAAGGUAGAAAUGAGAAUAAUGAAUUCUACAGAUCAUUUCUGAGGCGUACGCCUGGUACUAGCAAAUUUCACAUGCCUGAUAAGCCUGACCUUUCUGUUAUAAAAGAAAAUAAUUAUACGACUAUCAUUAUGGCUCUCACCGCUGCUGAAAAGCAGCGACUCUAUAGGGAGAAGCGUAAACUAAAUCCAGAAAAAGAAGCAGAAGCUAAAAGAAAGGAUUUAGAGAGAUAUCAUAAAAAUAAACGCUUGAUAAAAGACAUGACUCCGCGUGAACAUCGACUAUGGCGAGUUGCGAAUGCCAAAAGAAAAGAUCGCCAAAGAGCACUUCGAAUAGUUAUGAAUACGCCAGAGUCAACGCCUAGAGCUGAGACGCCUCCACCUCCUGCAUCUGAUAGUGCUAUACCGCUUUUUUCACUAAGAUUUACCACUCCUCGACUCUCUACUCCUCAGCCUUCGACUCCAAAAUACUGUAAUGAAAGUGCAAAAGCUCGUGGUAGAAAAAAACUUCUGAAAGACAGUAGCAAAGUGAAGAUGUACCUUAUACUUGAUAAAGACUUUGAAAACAUGGCGAGAGAAAUUCCAACAGAAAUAGUUCCUUUAUAUGGCACAAUGAAAGUACAUCAAGUUUUUACAGAAGAAAUGGCAUCGCUGAAGUAUCGAGAGUUGAGCUAUUUCAGGAACAGGAAAUCAAUUAUUUACAAUGCUGUAUACAGUUCGGACUCGGAAUCUAGUGAUGAUCAACCUGGAUUGUCAAAGGGAAAAGAUGAUGAUAACAAGUUAAUUGAGAAGGAGAAUGUUCAUCCCGGUAAAAUCAAAGAAGGAGUCUACGUUCUAGUAAAAAUUUGCUCUUCUAAAAACUAAUACCUUGGAAAAGCGUUAAAUGGAGUAGACGAUGAUGGAGAAGUAAAAAUAGUAUUCUUGAAGUCUCUCUCUUGAAUGAUAUAUCACAUGAACAAUAUGAAAGUUUGAUAAGAAUUGUUUCUGAACCUAAAAAG